UGCGCUAGAGCGACCUUCCCAGUCAGUCUGCGUCGCGCGCUUGCCCGACAUCGUUGUUGGGUAAAUAUCGCGCGCAAGAUCCCUGUCGCGUUAUUAUGCCUCUGUUUUCCGAUCAUAUCAGCAACAUGUAUUACAGUGGAACGCCGUCUUAUACUAGUUCGCCAUAUAAUUACAGUAGUUCAGUGUCACCAUAUGGAUCGUCUUACAGUGCAUCUUACUUAAAUCCAGGGGGUAAUUAUUCGUCUCAUUCAUCUUUGGGAGGGUACUCUCGAACCCCCUUGACAUCCCGAUGGUUAACAAGUGGAAGUAGGGUCUAUUCUCCAAUAUUAAGUACUAUUUCUGAAAAAGGAACAUCAAGUCCAGGGAGAAUAAAUAGUCCCCGAAGGAUACCUAUAAGUAGUAGAACCUAUAUCACGUCAACAUAUACACCUCGACCUAUAAAUAUAAAUACAGCUGAUAUUGACGUGUCAAGAGACAAAUAUCGAAAUAAAUUAUCAGAUUCGAAUUCGGCUCCUGUCACCGGAUUACCACCUAGACGUAGUAGUCCAAUCAUAGAAAGAGAUAAUGGACAUGAUAAACCCGAUACUGGUAUUGACUCGUCACCUGGACCUCAUCGUAGUACCAUAAAAAGAGAUCGCGCAGUAGUUAGACUCCAUACCAUAAAACGAAAAGAAAGAGAUUCUCCACGUAAGUCCUAUGAAGAUUCAAAAUGUACAAAUGUUGAUAGUGAAAAGCAAUCAGAACAAGUUAAGUGGAGAGAAAAAUUAGCUAGUGACUUAGAAUAUAAAGUACCAAAAGAAAAGAAAUCUUUGGGAGCUAAAUUAGUAGAAAAGUUUACACUUAAAGAUAAAGAUGAUAGUGAAUUCAUUACUAUAACAAAAAAGACUCCUCCAAGACAAAUAGAUAAAGAAAUUUUACCUGAAAUUCAAAUACCUACUGAAACAAUAUCUUCAAAUAAAUCUUUAGGUAGACGUUGCUCUAUGGAACUUUUAGCUGAACAAGCUUCCUUGCUAGAUUCCCUUAUAAGGAGAGAGAAUUUAAGUACUGUGCCUUUAGAUUUAAGUAAAAUUGGCUCCGAAAGCUUCUCUGGCUUUGAGGAAACCGAAUCAGAAAGUAGCAAAAAAAGAAAAUCAGAGCAGGAAAAUCCUUUAACAACAACAAAAUCAGAUCAUUCUCUGAACACUCGUCUUUUAUCAGUAGGAUUGAAAGACCCAAAACAUGCAAAACGACGAAGCUUAAGAAAGUGUUCGUCGGGUGGCAGUAUCUGCAAAUUAGAUCGUAUAACAGAACUACCUCAAAAUUUAACUACUAUGGAUGUGUCCACUAUACCAGAAAAAAAAGACGCAAAUAAAAUUUGUAAAAAAGAAACAAGUAAAAAAUUAAAACCUAAAAUUAAAACAAAAAUUACAUCUACAGUAGAAGUAACAACAACACCACCAAGCCCAUUAAAAUUUAUUGUGGAACAAGUAACCAUUGAAGAAAAAUGUGUACCAUAUAAAAAGGGUAUAAUAUACAGUAGCACAGUAGAUGAUGACCCAACGGCCAAAAAAUUAGUUAGUUUAGAAGGACAUAGAAAAAGCAGAAAAUUAAAGACGAAACCAAAACAAGAGGCUAACCAAAUCAAUUGUGAUAUAACAGUUUCAAAUACUAAGGAAAAUGACUUAUUACAAAUGAGCGAAAAAAUAAAGAAUGAAACGCCACUUAAGGUUUUAAAAGGACACAGAAAAAGCUUUAGAUCAAAAAGAAUUGUUGAAAAUCAUGAUUUAAAAUCUCCAGAACCUGACGAUGGAAAUUUUUGGGAUAAAAUCGGUAAAAGAGAAACAAUAUACUUAAUCAACAGAAAACAAAACAUAGACGAAGCUAAAGAAAAAUCAAACCGUUUAUAUUGGUUUCCGGAAAAUGAGGAAGCUGAGAUAAAUUAUAUAAAUUACAAUGACCCCAUUGACUUGGAAAAAAAUACAAUUGAAAAAAGUGUCGACGUGAAAGAGACGAUUAUAAACACCAACGAAGUAAUUAAUUCAGUGCCAAUAUUGUUAGAAAAACAAGAUAAACAUUCGACUGAAAACAAAGAGAAUAUUUCUGAUACAGAAAUCAAAGAGAAAAUUCCUUUACCUAUUGAGGAUAAAACCUGUAACGUUUCCGAUAAUUAUAAUAACAAGGUAUUAAGCUUUACUGAUCCCAAUGACCAGAACGCUUCUAUAGAAAAAAAUACAGAAGUAUUACUUAUUGCAGAAAUAAAGGAAUCUCCAUCGGAAUGUUUAACUUCUUUGCCUUUAGAUAAAUUGAAUAAAAAAAGUAAAAAUGAAUCUAAAAUCAUAACCAAAAUUGAAAAAAGUGAAACGGAAGAUAGAAAUACCGAGAUACCAAGUGAAAGUUUGGACUUGCCAUCAGAUUUAAUGACUAAAACAAGUAAAGAUUUAAUUGAGACAAUACCCAUAUGUGAACAAAACAUCGUCAAUGAUAUUAUUAGACCAAUUAAUACAGAGUUAGAUGACGUGCAACCAUUAAUCAAUAAUACAGAACAAAUACGUUCAGUAUCAAAUGUAUCUGAACAAGAAGACCUUGUCACUGUUGAUUGUGAGAUAAAAGAAAAUAAGCCAGAAGAAACAAAAUGCGAAGAGACAGGUGUAAAAGUUAACUCUGUAACUAAAGACUUAAAUCAAAUUAUUUCCAAAGGGAUAAAUAUAAAGGAAAAACCAGCUAAAAGUAUUGAAAAAGAUAGUUUAAAUACUUUAGCUGUAGAAACAUCAUCUCUAAGCAAUGAUAACAUUGCUGAUAAUUUAAACAUUCCAACGGAUAAUUGCAAAGAAAAAACUUCGACUUCGAAAUCGAUUGAAAAUAAUUCAAACGAUGAAACACAUAAUAUAGGUACAAAACCAGAUAAAGAAGAAGUACUACCUUGUUCCAGUUCCGCUUUGCCUAUUGCAAAGCCUGUAAAAAGGGAAAAAGCUCCGAUGGUUCUUAUUGCUACGCCAAGACCGCUGCAAAAAAAGAAACCUCACGUUGUAAAUUCGUCUUCAUCUUCUGAAUCGUCUGAUGAUGAAUCAUCUGAUGAAGAGAGUGAUGAUAACGAGUCAGGAUCCAGUGAAGCAUCUGCUGACUUUUUUGAAUGUGAAAACAAUCCGGAUGGAAGAACUUCAACAGGAUCUAACGAUUCCGGAUUUGAUUCAUCAGUUCCGACGUCUCCUUCAGGAUUUUUAUACACGAAAAAAGACUGCGAUGUUAAUUGUCAUCGAAAAUGUGAAAAAUUGACGGCGAAUUUAUGUGGAGUUAACCAGCGGCUUUUAGUCGAAGCACUGGCAUCACGCACUACAUCAAAGAGAGGUGGAGACAAUCCCAGCACCUCUACCGGACCUUCAACAUCACAAACAUAUACUCACGACAUCUUAGAACAAGAGUUGGAACAUUCGAAGGCAUAUGAACUCUUCAGAAAAACUGGACGAUUUACGCCUCCCGCAAGAUUCAUUCCACGAUUCAGAAAAUAUACGAUUGAAGAUUUUCAGUUUAUAAAAGUUUUAGGCAAAGGAAGUUUUGGCAAGGUCAUGUUAGCAGAGUUGAGAGACACGGAGUAUUAUUACGCUGUUAAAUGUUUAAAGAAAGAUGUCGUCUUGGAAGAUGACGACGUAGAAUGCACACUCAUCGAAAGAAAAGUCCUCGCACUUGGUACAAAUCAUCCUUACCUUUGCCAUUUGUUCGCGACUUUCCAAACAGACUCUCAUCUGUUCUUCGUAAUGGAGUACUUGAACGGCGGUGACCUAAUGUUUCACAUUCAACAAAGCGGCCGUUUUCCGGAAGCGAGAGCGCGGUUUUAUGCGGCCGAAAUCGUGUCGGGACUUAAAUUUCUUCAUAAAAGAGGCAUUGUUUACAGAGAUUUGAAAUUGGAUAACAUUUUACUGGACUUCGACGGUCACGUGCGGAUAGCAGACUUCGGCAUGUGCAAGUUACAGAUAUACCUAGACAAGACCGCGGAUACGUUUUGCGGCACACCGGACUAUAUGGCACCUGAAAUAAUCAAAGGUCUAAAAUACGGUCAAAAUGUCGAUUGGUGGUCCUUUGGAGUAUUAUUGUAUGAAAUGUUAAUCGGUCAGAGUCCAUUCAGUGGCUGUGAUGAGGACGAGCUGUUCUGGUCAAUUUGCAACGAAAUGCCCUCAUACCCGCGAUUCUUGUCGUCAGAGGCUCUUAGCAUAUUAACAAGGCUUUUGGACAAAGACGCGCGCACGCGGCUCGGCGGCGCGGAGUGCAUGCACGGCGACAUCCGGGACCAGGACUUCUUCCAUCCCGUACAAUGGGAUCGUCUCGAGAGACGUGAACUAGACGCGACCUUCAAACCACGUGUGAGACAUCCAAUGGACACUCAAUACUUCGACCGGGCUUUUACUGGCGAGCGGCCUCGGCUCACUGCUGUCGAACCACAGGUCCUCAAAUCGAUGGAUCAAGAACCGUUCAGAGGAUUCUCGUACACAAAUCCCAAUGCAACAGACCGCUAAAAUAGACCUUCCAUUUAAACUAUAAGGUUUGAAUUUCAAUAACACUAUGCCAUGUGAAUAUGGGAACAGUGGAUUAAUUAAUCAAUUUAGAGAAAAAUCAUCGAUCAAGACGAUGGUUUAAGAAAAAAUAUGGUUAAAGGUAACCAUCUACUAUUGGUAUUUUUUUUUAAUAAAUUGGAGUGUGAUUUAAAAAAAGAAACGAAUAAGGUUUUAAGCAUUAAAAGUUUUAUUUACAACACAAUGGUUAUGUAAUAUAAAAAUUGUACAUAUCAAUUAGGCAGAGUUGUAUCGUGUCUGGAACACAAAUGUUAGUAGACGAAUGUAUCACGAUGUUGUAUUCAUAUUUUAUACAUAAGUAGAUUUUCAACAUAUUAUAUCAAAUGUAACAUUAUUUAGAAAAUAAAUGAGAUAAAGUUAUAUCUUUA